AUGAGCACUUCAGGUACAGGAUCGCCCUCUACCCUCGCUGCUGCUGCUGCUGCUGCUGCUAGCACAUCACUACACCAGCAGAACAACGUUUCAAAUUUGGCCGAAAAUCUUUUGUGGAAAAAUAACAAAAAAGCGUCAUUUCAGGGUCGAGACAAGGAUGUGAAUAAAAAGGAAACGGCUGCGGAAGAUGAAGCAGAAGUAGAAGAAGAACAGCAUGACAGAUUUCCAGGUAUUAUUCAUACUGAAAACCAACAUACCAACCAUUUUAUACCUUCCGCAUCGUCGUCAACAGCAGCUGCAGCUCGUCGUCCACGCGCUGAAACCAUGCCAUCUCAACCUAUCCAACUACCUUACCCUCUUCAUGAACUGAAUCACCAUAUGUUGAUGGAGCCACCAGCAGCCACUUUCAGACCAGCACCAUUGUUUGGGAAUCAUCAUCCUCAGCAGCAGCAACAGCAGCAGCAGCAGCAAGAAGAAUUUGAACCAAUGAUGCCAUCAUCCAAUCAACAAUAUUGGAUACCUGAUAAUCUACUUCAGAGCCCUACCAAUAGCAUCUCACCUACCACAAGCCAGCUAUUGCGUGCAGAUGAUGGUAAUACCAUUGCAAGCACCUUUGCUUCGUUAGGUUUAGAGGACAGUCACCAGUCGCGUUAUCCUCCCUUGUUGCCUCAAUAUAUACAACCCGAUUAUGGUCGUCAUCGUUCUCCAUAUCAGACACAUCCUAGUCUUCACACAAGCCACUCUCAUUCUUCCUUGCAAGCACUGUCCGAGCAACAGCAACAACAACAAUUACUGCACCCCCCUUUGUCUACAACAAAUGCUGUUGCUACAACAGCUGAUUGGCAACCACAGCAACAUCUACCUUAUAAAACCCAUUUUAAUAACAAUAAGAAUAAGGGUUUAUUCAAACCAACAGAUUUACGCUCUUCUAUCGCUAAUUUUAGACUCAAUGGUUAUCAACCACCGCAGACGCAACAUCUGAAUAGCAAUCGACCUCGCGCUCUGAGUGCUGUAGAUCAACAAAUGCAGCAGCAGCAGCAGCAGCAACAACAACAACAGCAACAGCAACAGCAGCAGCAACAGGAUGAUAAUGUGCAUCAUUUUAUACUUAACAAUCGUUCUAUUUGGUAUCAAGAAAUGAAUCGACAGUCGCUACCGACUUCUACGCCUACUUAUCAUGCUCAUUACUCUUCUCAUCCUUCUCAGCAGCAACAACAUCCGCAUCAGCAUCGGCCCUUUUUACGUAAUUCAAACAGUAGCGCUGACAUUUUAGAAAUGAUGGCAAGGCAAAGAAAAGGGGCUGGAACGGCUGCUACAAACUCUCCCACGGGCGGAAAUUCUGCGGUAGCUGCCAAUUUUAAUGAAGAGGACAGUGGUAUGUUAACAAGUCCUAAUGUCAGUUGGAACAAUGAUCUUACUCCUACAACCGCAGCUUAUGGUAGCAGUGCUGGCGGUGGUAGUGGUGGAAGUUUAUCUUCAUCAUUCGAACAACAUUCUAAUUGUAGCAGUAAUAUGCUCUUUUAUGACACGGUGAUUCAUCAUCAUUCACCACAACAGCAGCAGCAGCAAGAUUCAGCAGUAGGAGAAUUACCAUUAGCAAACAUCAUGACAGCAGGCAACAAUAAUACGAAUCAAAUGCCUACGCGGUCUUUAUGGCUUGGUCAACUCAAUAUGGACCCUGCGAUGGGCACGCAUCAACUUUCAAACGAACUGCACAAGGUUUUCUCCAAGUUUGGAACGAUUGAAAGCAUUCGAAUCUUGGCUGAUCGUGAAUGUGCCUUUAUCAAUUUUUCAACGGUGGAUGAAGCUGUGAAAGCCAAAGACAUGUUGAUGAAUAACAUGAACAGUAGAGUAUUUGUCAACAGUUUGCAUCCUAUCAAAGUUGGCUUUGGGAAACCUACGCCCACCACGACAACUACAACCACUGCGACGACGACUGCGGCUUCGAUGACGACGACUGCUGGAGGAUUAUCUGGAGAGAACGUGAUGGCUAACACGAUUCGCAACAAUAAUAACAGCAAUAACGCUCUUUCCGGGAGAGGGUCACCUUUAACAGGCACCUCCACUGUCACCAAUGAGGGUCCCACAAGAGCUUUAUGGAUUGGUAAUAUUCCUACGAAUACUACACAUGGUGCUUUAUUAACCGUCUUUUCAGACUAUGGUCCGAUUGAAUCUGUUCGUAUUUUGGCUCAUAAGAACUGUGCGUUUAUCAAUUAUUAUCACGAAGAGGAUGCUAUCAAAGCAAAGAAAUCGCUUCAGAAUAAAGAAAUCUUAGGACCAGGUACAGGCACAGUGAAAAUGGGGUAUGCAAAGGUGCAACAGUUAUCCACCAUGACCCCGACCACCACCACCACCACAAGCAACAAAACAGUGCUACCACAACAGAGUCAUUAUAAUGGUAAUGCCGGUCUUGCGGAUGUAUCCGACGUUAGUGCUACGGUUGCUCCUAGUGCUACCACAGCAGCAGCAACAACAACAACAACAACAAUAGAUUCUGUGACACGAACACAAAAACAACCCAUUCAUGGCAAGGUGACAAAAGCCUACAAGCCUGCCACGACAGGUACGACAGAUACCGCAUUGUUCUCUCAACAGCAACAAGAACAGAUGAAGAAGUUCAUGUUGGAAUUAUUGCAAAAGAACGGUGCUAGUCAACAACAACAAAAUAGUUUAAUUGCUGCCAUUGUAACGGAGCGUAAAUUGAUCAUGCAAGAAUUCGGUGAAGAUUCGGAUGAUCCGAACUUUGAAGUGCUUCGAUUACCACAGACCUACCAUUCAAGCAUACCUGCAGCACCAGAAUUAGGUCAGACCAGAAAAGUAGAUAUUGCAAGACUGAGAGAUAUAAGAAAGAGACUAGAUACAGGAAAUAUCACAGUGAAUGAAUUAGAAGUGAUAGCAGUAGAAUGCUUAGAUGAAUUAGUAGAAUUAUGUAGUGAUUAUAUUGGUAAUACAGUGAUUCAACGUUUAUUUGAAAGAUGUUCGGAUAGAACAAGAACCCUUAUGUUGGAAACCGUAGCACCCUAUCUAGCUUCCAUCGGUGUACACAAAAAUGGCACUUGGGCAGCACAAAAAAUCAUCGACACAACCUUGAAAUUACCCAAUGCUCAACAUAUUACAACACUUAUAUGUCAAUUCAUUAAGCCUUAUGUGCCCGCCCUUCUGUUGGAUCAGUUUGGAAAUUACGUAGUGCAAUGUUGUUUGAAUUUAGGCCCGGAACGCAAUCAGUUUAUUUUUGAUGCGAUCGUCGAUUCAUGUUGGGAGAUUGCGCAAGGACGAUUUGGCGCACGAGCAGUGAGAGCCACCCUGGAAAGUCCUCAUGUGACAAAAAGACAACAGGCAAGUACAAACAAUAAACAAAAAGCUAAAUAUGUUGCUGCUUCCCUUGUACAGCAUGCUUUGCUUCUAGCCACCAAUGCCAAUGGAGCACUUUUAUUGAUAUGGCUAUUGGAUACCUCCGGCAUUCAAGGUCGAUAUUGCGUACUUGCUCCUCGACUCAUACCUCAUUUAGCACAAUUAUGCACCCAUAAACUAGCUUCUCUCACUGUUUUAAAGCUCAUCAAUCAACGACAGGAACCAGAAGCAAGGAACCUCAUUCUAAACACGUUAUUUUUCCCUACAACAACAACAUCUUCUACCAACAGCAUUAGCAGCACUACCACAACCACCACUACCUCUACCACUACUACCGAGCCAUCCACGGGCAUACCAGCUUUGAUCAACGAAAUACUUCAAGAUCAAGUCCAUGGUGUUAGCUUUGUCACAAAAAUUCUUUCUAGUUCCUAUAUCGAUUUACGUGAACGACAACGCAUCGCUGAGCGAGUGAAGCAAUACCUUUCCAAGCUAAAGUUAACCCAUGCUCAAGGAUAUAAAAGGUUGAUGGAAGAGAUUAAUAUGGUCAUGCUGGAUUCUGUUCCUGGUGCAAGUUUAGGUCAUGCUCUACCUACCCAAUUUUCUAUCAGUCCCAGCAUUGCGGCCGCCUUACAAGCAACGACGACAACGACGACAACGACAACAACCACUUCCGAUGAUCAGCAACAAGAGCAACAACAGCAAUCACAAUCUCGUCAUGCGACUACUGAUAGUAGUAAUACGACAGCAGCCAUCAUGGCUAACUUUUAUGCUGCUGCGGCCGCGGCGGCUGUUGUUGCAUCCACCAGUAACAGUAGUAGUGCUGGAUCACCCGCUCCGAACGAACAGCAGCAGCAGCAGCAAGAAAAUCAAGAUACACCAUUAUCAGAUACCAUAGAAAAAAAAAGUAUGAAAUAG